CUGCUGACGUUUCAGAUAAUGAGCUCUAAGUGCUGAUUGCGCACUUUAGCAGCAUUCAGUUUGAAAUUAUAUUCCAAUGAGUACACUUGACUUGGGCCAGUGCUAGUAAUUUCAAUGUGUAUAUUCCGGAUAAUGCUGCUAAUUUUUGGUGUUAUCCUGUCAGGAUUAUUGAAUGGGAUCGAAGCGACUGCGUUUAUCAAUGUUUCAAGCAGUGUUGACUCCCGGUGCAGAAAUUACAUUGACGACAUUGUUAGACACCUUCAGCAACCACUAAUCUCGCUUCAGGCGGAAAUAAUCCAAAUGCAGCAGCUCAAAGAGUCCUUUAAGCACUUCUUGGACUCCUUGACGAUCAGCAACAUAGAAAAGGCAAAUAUCCAAUUUACCACUGAAACAGAAAUGUCGCAGAACAUAACCAACAGCUGCUUAGGAAAAAGCACCGGAAUAUACAAAAUAAAAGUACCUGGAUUGAACCCUUUUCCAGUGUCCUGUGACUCGACUCUGAUUACUUCCGGUUGGACCGUAAUUCAGCGUCGUAUAGACGGCUCCGUGAGCUUCAAUCGCAAGUGGGAAGUGUACCGGUCUGGCUUCGGUAAUUUGAACGGAGAUUUUUUCCUAGGCCUCGAGAAGAUACACCUGUUGACAAUAUCCCAAAAGCACGAGUUGUAUAUUUAUCUAAAGGACUUCAAUGGUGAAGACAGAUAUGCGCGAUACAGCCACUUCCUCGUUGGGCCAAACGAAGACAACUUUAAACUUAUAUCACUGGGAGACUACUCUGGUAACGGAGGUGACUCCAUGGCUGCUCAUCUGCAUAUGGAAUUCUCUACCCCAGAUGCAGAUCACGAUAAUCACAAGUCACUACAUUGCGCAGAAUGGAUUACUGCUGGCUGGUGGUACAACAGCUGCACUCAGAGUGAUUUAAACGGAUUGUACAAGCUGCCGGAAUCGGAAAGUCAAACUUUUGGAAUAAAUUGGUUUACAUGGCACGCCAAAACACUUAAGUUCGUUCAAAUGAUGAUCAGGCCAGUAUAAAAGGAAUUGUAAUCCGUACUGAAAUACUUCGAAUACGAUGUUUAACGAUGUGUAUUACCAAUAAAAGUAAGCCAGCUCGAAGCGGGAAGGGGAGGCAAAG